AUGUCGCAUUGUCACGACGAACAUGCUGGCCAUGGCCAUUCUCACGACCACGAUCAUGAGCAUGAUCACUCUGACGACAUCACACCAGCGCUCCAAGCAUCUCUUUACGAACAAAUCAACUUUGAUGAAAUCGUAACACUCAACGAAUCACAUAGCAACUCUGGAAAAGCCAUUGUCAAGAAGACAUGGGUCGAAAGGCUAACGCCAGAGCCAGAGGUGGCGAGUGAUGCUGACGAGCAGCUACUAAUGACCGUCCCUUUCACUGCUCAAGUCAAACUUCACUCUAUUCUGAUCCGCACGUCUGCUUCGCCGUCAGCUCCCAAGACUCUUCGCGUAUUCACCAACCAGGACAAUCUUGACUUUGCUGCUGCCGAAGAAUCGGACCCCGUUCAAGAAUUUGAGCUCUCCCAGACUUCUGACGUCCAAGAAAUCCCCGUCAAGCGAGCGCUGUUUGCGCGCGUACAGCGUCUCGAUCUGUUUUUCGUGGACAACUUUUCCGACGGCGAAGAAGACGUCUCACGUAUUAGCUACGUCGGAUUCAAGGGAGAGUGGACAAAACUGGGCAAGGCACCGUCGAAUAUUCUGUAUGAAGCUGCUCCCCAGCCUGGGGAUCACAAGUUGAAGGGCACCAGCGUGAACCAAAUGGGCAGUGGCAUUGGUGGAAGAGGUCCUGGAGCAUAA